UUCACAGACCACUUACGCACACAACCGAUAGUCAUAAACCGAUACCACUGACAGCGCUAGGUACUCGCAUGCAUGUACAUAUUUUUGUAAGUCGUAAAUCCGCUGUUAUCAUCGUCAUCUCGUUUUGAUAUUUGAAUUUCGAAGAAGUACGUUACGUUUGUUAUCGUCUAAUAUAAGUAAUUAUCACUCAGGGCAAGAUGGCAGGUAUGCUACAGAUCGACGACAUCCCAAACGCUGCACCGGAGGAUUCUGUGCUUAACUCGUUGCUAGACGAUUUUUUUCAACACAGGCAUUUCAAGAAUCCGACCCAGAGAAAAGCUACUGUUCAAAUAUUGAAGAGAGAAACCGACGUGAUUGUUUCGUUGCCCAAGGGAUAUGGAAGAACUACAUGUUUCCAACUUCCUAUACUUAUAUGCCAGCAAAAGGUCUCAAUAGUUUUUGUUGGCCUAUCAUCACGGGUUAAUAUGCAAAUAACCCGUUUAAAUCGUGAAGAUGUGUACGUAGAAGUUCUUGAUGCAGAGACGUCAUCAGAAGAAUGGGGUCUUGUACAAAGCACUAUUCAUCGUUUGUGCAAUAUGUUGAGUUCUCAUAAUAGUAUUCUCUACGUAACACUCGAUGUAAUCUUUAAUGUUAACUUCUCGCACUUAUUGCGUUAUUUAAUUGAAACGAAUAACUUGGGCUACAUAGUAGUCGACGAAUCAUACUGUGAAAAUCAAUGGAUGUCAGGCCAGAAACAAAACUAUCAUGCUCUAGGGUUACUCAGGUGUAUUUGCAACCACAUUCCUUGGGUAGUGGCCACUAUAAAAACCAAUAUUGAAGUUGUUAAUCGCAUUAAGUCAACACUUUGUCUUAGAACACAAAGACCUGAUAUCCCUAAGGAUUCAGUUUUAUGGUAUGGAUUACAUUUUGAAGAUGAUGCUGUAGUUGACAAUUAAGCCAACAAAGGUAUUUUUAAUGUAAAUAAAUCCCUGAAUCAACUCUUUGGACCAACUGAAUCAUGCAAAAUUCAUAUUUCAAACUAAGUGACAGACUUACACCUCUUUGGCUCCAACAUGCA